AUGGCUCGCACUAAACGCAAAUCCCCUGCUGCUGCUGCUGCUUCGUCAUCCUCAUCUGCAUCUGACGAUCUCCCUGUCGCCGCAUUAUGGAAGAAAUUGAAAGCAAAGAAAAACUCACCUGAACCUGAAUCAACUGGUGCAUCCUCUGACCCAUCUAAGGUUGUCAAACCCACUGUAUCGGCACCAGAAAAGAAAAAGAUGAAAAAAAUGCUCGGGAUUGAUACCAAACGCAAAAAGGAUGCUGCCCAAUCUUCGGGUUCUGUGGAUAAAGCGCUGCUUGAUUGUAAAUUCAUCAAAUGGGAUUACUUUGGUCAGGUAAAUUUUCAAUUCAAAGAACUUUUUGAGUUUCAAGAAUGGAUGACUAUUUGUGAGUGUACAAAUGCGUAUUACCCUAGACUGGUUCAAGACUUUUAUAGAACUCUAAGAACAGUUGAUGACGAAGACAAAUUUGAAGUUGUUUUGAAUGAUAGUGUGUAUAUUGUUUCUGUUGAAAUGAUUGCUAAGGCUUUGAACUUGCCUAAUGAUGGAAAUAAAAUCUCUACUCAUAGAGAUGUUGCUAGGGUUCCAGGCUUUAACUUGGCUGAGUUUGAAAAUGAAGUCUUCCCUGCCAACACUGCCACUAAUGAAAAGUCCACUAGCACAAAAGCUUUUCAACAUAUUAAAAUCAUUCACAGUAUGGUGAACUACAUUUUUUGUCCUAAGUCUGGCAGCUAUGGUUAUUUGAGUUACCUAGAUAUGUGCAUCAUGUGGCACAUUGUUAACAAAGUAAGGAUGAAUUUGGCUUAUUUAAUUUUCAAGAAUAUGUGCAAAGCUUAUGGGAUUGGAAAAUUGCCUUAUGCACAUCUCUUGACUGCUUUGUUUAAAGAACUGAAUGUAAAUGUCUCUAAGGAAAGUUCUAGGACAGAUUUGAUUGUGCUUAAAGAAAUUCACUCUGACAUUGAUGGAAGAAAGAAAAGGUUUGAAAAAGGUGGUUCUUCCUCAGCUAAGGUUGGUUCAGAUUCUACAAAUGAGUUUAUGAGUGAGCUUCAACGGCUGAAAAUUGCUGUUAAUGAGCAAUUUAGUACAACCCAUCAGUCCAUUGAACUUCUGAGAAAAUUUAUGGAUGUGGUUGACUACAAAGUAAGUCACUUGCUUACUCAAAAUGAGGAAUUGAAGAAGUUGAUUGUGGAUCUUCAGCAGGUCAAGGAAACUGGUUUCCCAACCAAAGUUGAGAUUGCUGUACCUGCAAAUGAUGCCUCAUCUCCAGCCACUCAAGUCUCUACUCAUGGUACUGAUAGGAGUGAAGGUAAUAAGGUUGGUGAGUCUCCAGCUGCUGUGGCACAUAAAAGUGCACAAGUGGUUGAGUCUGAAAUUGAACCUGCAGCUGAACAGGUUGUUGAACCUGAAGUUGGACCUGAAACUGAUGUCCCUAUUCAGCAUGGCAGUGAAAAUUUUGUAGAACCCGAGAGUGAGCCAGCUGUUAAACCUCAGAGUGAACCACUUUUAGAACCUACAGCGGCCUCUACACAGCAGAAGGAAGCCUCUCUAACGGAUCACCAAGAGAGUGCUCCAUCUCAACUAUCUGCAGCUGCUGCACCUCUAGCUAAGAAAAGUAGAAAACGAUCUAAGUCUACCGUGUCAAAUCCAUACCAGUCCCUAGCUGCUGCCCUUCAACCACCUUCUGAUGAAGAUGAAGCCCAGAAGCAUGACCAGUUGGCUGACCAAGGUUCUCAGCCACCUGCUGCUAAGCCCACCAGGAAGAAGAUGGUGCCUUCCAAAGCCACUCAUAGAAGCAAAAGACUUAAUGAUUAG